AUGAGAAGAUGGACGUGCGGACUGUCUACGCAGUGUGCCAAAAUCAAGAUGCUUGAGAAUUCAAUGGUGACCGAGCGACCAGUGACCUAUCCGGUUUCGGAGGUGGUUACCCCACGCCUGUUUUACCAGACCGCUGCAAGCGAGUGGGCCAAGAAGGCUGCUCGCCCUGUUUCUCUUAGACAGCUGGCUGUGUUUGGGCGGAAACUCACCGAGGAGAAGCUUAUACAAGGGGCAAAUUAUAUUGUAGAGGAAAUGGCUAUUCGCCUUGCUCACCGCAUUCUCGACAUGCAGCGUAUGCCUUAUCGCGUGAUGUCCAAUCCUCAUAUGACUCAAGUCUUUGAAAAGUACACACUGGCGUUUGAUAGGUGUCGCAAGUUCGGCAAGAUUAAAGAUAUGGAGGAUAACGCGCGGUUCUGCGUACUCAUCGCCGACCUUCUGGACAAGCACGGGAACAUUGUGCCGGAUCUUAUUGUGGGGGUUAAAGAGAUUGUUCGCACGUCGUCUCAUGAAGAUGACGGCCCAAUGCUUGAUCAAUUCAUGCGGACAAUGCUCAUGUCCCGUAUUUCGCGGCGAGUGAUUGCCGAGCAACACUAUUCUUUGACCCAAGCAUUCAAUCGAGGCCAAACGAACGACGACAAAGACAACAGCUAUAUUGGCGAGGUAUUUCUGCAGUGCAGACCCUCAGAAAUUUUGCAGACUUCCAUCAAAACCGUUACCGACUCGAUUAGGGCCAGCUUCCCUGGCACCGAUAUGCCUAUUUUCGAAAUUGAGGGCGAUGUCGAUACCGCUUUCCCAUACUUGAGGUCACAUAUCGACUAUAUUUUGGGAGAAAUUCUUCGGAAUUCUGUCGAAGCAUCGAUCCUUUUCGCCCAGCGCCAAGGCACUCCAGUCAAACCUAUUCUUAUUAGUGUUUCGUCAACAAACGAAAACGUCUUCAUUCGCGUGAGCGACCAGGGUGGUGGUAUCCCCCUUAAAGAACUUCCAUCCAUCUGGUCGUUUGCAAAGCCCAUGUCCGACAAUGAUCCGCUGCUCUUUACCGGCAAGGUUGCCCUUGCUCUACCUAUCGAGGCUUUGCAUGAAAUUGACCAGCAGAUCAAGAGCACGCCACUCUACAUGCGCACAGAAUCCGACAAUGAAGUCCACACACGAGAUACAAUGACAAAAUUAGGCAUUGGCAUAGCGUUGGCUCGAGUGUAUGCGGAGUACUGGGGAGGUGCAUUCGAAAUCCAUUCUCUCGAGAAUUACGGCUGCGACUCCCUGCUUCGUAUUUCGCGUCUUGGAACAAAGCUCGAACAGCUUCAUGUUAACCGUAUUUAA